UAGCUUUUGUGUAUGUCAUAUCGGUGUAAGACUAAGACAUAAACACAUUUUACAACAUUGUCAUUGUGUUUUCCUUUUCUUCUUUGACUUCGUGGGGCAGCGUGACGAGUGAGAAAGAAACAUCUUAUUUCCAGUAGCAUGUAUUUCAGUCAUUUCUGAUGUUUCCUUGGAUUUCUUACGCCCGCUGCAAGGAAAAACUGGAUAAGUCCACUUCUUCCAGAGCUUGUGUGUACUACUACCUUCAACGCACGUUUUAGCCUCCCGAGAAAGAACACAAGAAAAAAGCACAGCAAUAGCGUCACUACAAAGAACAAAGAUUUUUGCGAGUGCCGUGUAGAACAAAGCAUAGAGUGCUGUUGAGAACAAAUGUGUGUGAAAAUGUGUGCUUCCACUGUCCAAAUUCGCUUAUCCGUCAACAAACUUGCUUUCAAAUUCAAACAUGGUGUCCUCACUCUUCAUGAAAUUUUGGCAGAGUCCCUCCCUGUCAGCACAUGAAUCAUCAUCUUCACCACCCCAGCGCAUAAAGGGAACAAAAAAGAAAACCUCCAUUUUGUUCCAUGAGAAAAAGAAUACGACCCUACAUGCAACUACAGAUGCGGGAGGACCAGCGCGAGCUCAUGGUUCUUGUAAUGUGCUAAACAGUAGCCGCGACUCCAAGCGUGGCCAGCUUUACGUUCCGUUGUUGCUCAAAAAAUCUUCCUCCAGCACAGCUUCUCCUGGUUGUUCGUCACCAAAAAGUAGUACAUUUGCCAAAGCGGCCGCCACAAGAAAGACCAAGAAACUUCUGCAAGGGACGGAGAUGAGCACUUCUAUGCAGCAGCAGGAGCUGCAGCCGUACAAGUGCGAGCUUCGGCUUGGCGGCAUGACGUGCAGUGCGUGUAGCGGCACGAUUGAAAAUAUGCUGAGGAAGACGGACGGCGUGGAGCAGGCGCACGUAUUGCUGUUGCUCAACAAGGCAGUGAUCACGUACAACCGAGCGAAGGUCACCGCUAAGGACUUGGCGGAGAACGUGGACGACAUCGGAUUCGACGCAGAAGUGGUGAAAGACCACGCGGUGGCAACAAACGCGACCGGUCCUGCUGCAGGAGCGGCUGCACCAGGAACUACUACAGCCGACCCAGCCAGCGUGCAAUUAUCGAUGGAGGGAAAUGGAAAGCAAAAGCAGCAGCAAACCGCAGGAGCAAGAGCAGACGGCGCGCUGGACGAAAACCUUCACGCGGGUGUUGAACACGUCGAAAAUGAUAUACAAAAUCACCAGCAGCACGACCUCCAAGAACAAGACACUUCCGACGAAGAGGUCUGCGAGCUCCACCUGUGGGAGUGGCCGAGUGAGCGCGCCGAUUUGGACCAAAUCGAGCACUUCUUUCCGCCGGGUAGCAUUUUGUCCGUCCGCGCUCUGCGACCCCGGAAAAAACGGUCGAUGAAGAAGUCGCGGAAAUACAUCACGAAUUCGAUCCCCUCCUGGCUGAAAUCGAGCUCCGGAGGGACUUACGCGGCGUUUCUGGACGACAGUGGUAGUGCUGACAAAAGUCCGAAGCACGGUCGUGCUAGACGGGAAGAUCAUGAUGGCGAUGUAGUCGUAGCAGGGAGAAGAAGUGAUUCGGAGCAAGAUGCUCGUCACUACGAGCACGAGGACGACGAGGCGACAACCUCUUCGGACGAAGAAGUUGAACAGCGGCGCGGCUCAGGCUCGUCCAAGAGGGAAGUUCGUCUCCAAAAGAACCCCGCAGCAUCGCGGCGUCUCUCGACCCGGUCCUCAGACGAGGAGGCGACUUCUAUGAAGAACCCUGCUGCGGGCGAAACCACAGACGGCGCUGCGACUUCUCCCGCGAAUCUGCACGGUGCAAUACCGCCACCCGGAUCGGGCCGGAGGCACGUCGGUAAUAUUGUUCCGGCGUUUGGAUCCUCUUCAAAAGGUCCGAUCCACCAACGGCUGCGGACGACCUCGGCGGAUGACAUUGUUGUGACUACGGACGAUUUUAGAGGAAGCAAGGCGGAGACGAGUGCUGGUGAUCAGCACCGCUUUGGUGCAAAAAAUGCUGCACAAACUAGUACACAACUCCACCAACCAGUAUUACUCAGCCCCAACGCCGCGGUUCCGAGUUCAUCUACCGGCCCGCAAGGAUCCUUUAGAAGUACACUGGCAACCGUUCAAGUAGAUCAUGACCGUAGUUCCGCAUCUGCUUCGACCACGACCCUUGUCUGCAUCCGCUACUACCCGGACAAGGUUUCCGCAAGGCAAAUUCUCCAGCUUGCGAGACAGCAUCUCAGCAGGGAGAUCAACCACGACUACGAAAGGUUUCAGCUCUUCCAACGGCACAACAAGCCGGAGAACAUCGAAGCAACCGAACUGCGGAAGAAUUGUCUCCGGUCCAUGCCCUUCGCUUUGGCCAUGCUGGUGAUGGUGUUUGUCCUCCCGCAUGAGUACGGCCACACGAAAUUCUACAAGUACUUGAACGAGACCCAAAUCGUGCCCGGACUGCAUGUAUGGAUUGCAAAAAUGUCUGGGUCUGGAAGAAUGCAGGAGUUUGUCAUGCAGAUUUCGCAUGACUCCUGAUGUCUGUGAUGCAUGCUCUAGCAUCACAGAUCUUGCGAGGGCUUCCUGAUGCCUACACUGCAUGAGAAAUGCCCUCUCGCCGUGGUAAAAACUGGACCCCUUUUGCUGUUCAUGCAAUGCAGAUUUAUUGUGGAAUCCAAAUCCAGCAUGACAAGUUGCAACCUUCCAGACCCAGACAUGUUUGCAAUGCAUAGCACGUGAAAACCGUGAUUUUCUUGCUUCUCGCCACGCCCGUAUCCUGAGUAAAAACGUACCCACACCAUAGUUGUCAUGCAACUCUGCAUGCUUAAAAUGUUUCUCAUGCGGAGCCCCAUGAGAAGCGUUUUCUAAUGCGGUUUUGAAAUUUGUCAUGCUCCAAUCAGCACGAGAUGCUAGAUCUGUAAUGCUGCUAAACUAGCUCAAACAGCACUACACUACGCGGACAAACUUGUCAUGCCAGACAACCAAAGCUGGCUGAUUUGUCUAGCAGAUUCCCCAUCCUGACUCUGGUGUGGGUACGUUUUUACUCAGGAUAGCCCGUGCAGUUCAUCUUCGGAGCGCGGUUUCACCGCGGGGCGCGGAAAGCUUGGAAGAACAAAACGCCGAACAUGGACGUGUUAGUGUCCGUCGCCGCGACCGUCAGUUACGCGUAUUCCGUUCUCGUGUUAUUAAUAGCGAUCAUCGCGGCCACUUUUUUCAAUCUGGACUGCCGCCAACCCCCACCGCACUUUUUCGAGGCACCGACGACACUGAUUGCGGUGUUGUUGGGCGGAAAGUACCUGGAAGUGAGGACGAAACAGCGGACCGUUGCGGUGCUGGAACGGCUGUUGCAGCAGAAGAGCGAUAAGAAUGCUAGUGAUGGUGGCUCUGGUCGAGACACGGUACGGGUAGUGACUUUGGUCUCGCAGCAGCGGACGACAGGGGGGUCGAUCAUGGCGAGGACCAGCAGCUCGACAGCUGCAACAUCUUCGUCCUCAACGUCUGCUCCCUCACUUCUGAAGCGGAAAAUCAAGGCCAUGCCGCUGGAGCUGCUGCACUAUUCCGACCGGAUUCUGCUUAAGCCAGGCGACCGCGUGCCUGUCGACGGAGUGAUAACGGCGGAUGAAUUUGACGAAGCAGAUACUAGUAACUUAAGUAACGCAAAGAGCGCAUCGUCAACAUCGUCUUCUACAAAAAUCCGUGAUGACAACAAAAAUCUUCAGCAAAUAACCCAUCAUCAACGCGUUACCGUCGAUGAAGCUCUCUUAACCGGGGAAUCACAAGGCGUCAUCCGGGAAGUGCACCAGACGCUCUACGCCGGCAGCUUCGUGCUGAAAGGCUCGUGCUACCUGCAGCCGACGCGGAUCGGGUCGAAGACGAUGCUGAGCGAGAUUGCCUCCAUGGUGAAGGAUGCGCAGUCGCACAAGCCGGAGAUCGAGCGCAUGGCCGACAAGAUCGCGCGGAAGUUUGUGCCCGCGGUGAUGCUGCUCGCGUUCUGCACCACGGUGAUUUGGCUCAUCACGGUUUUUUCGUCGCCAGAGGUCCGCGCGCCGGAAAACGAGUCGAUGGACAACAUGAUGAUGCAGGACGAGGUAUCAAAACGAAAAAUCCCCCAACCCCAUAUCGAAACGAAGUUUGUGAUGCUGGAUUUGCGUACACAGAUCAGAUUUGUCUUGCUGGAGAGGACUGCAGGCCCAUACCAAGUCUGAGCAGAGAGGUUUUGGGCUAGGCUCUUAGCAUGAGAAACGUCUGCGCUGUAGGCCCAACAGCAUCACAAAUCGCCUGCAUAAAGCGGCGGAGCCUGUGGAGUUGCCUUCUUGCAAGAUAGAGACGAUUUGUGGUCGCAAAUCAGCAUUGCAAAUUUUCUGCUACGUGCCUUUUCGAUAUGGGGAGGGGGGAUUUUCCCUCACAAUACGAGGCGGGGACCUUUUUCGCCCACGCCUUUGACACGCUGUUCGCCCUGAAGUUUGGGCUGGCCGUGCUGCUGGUCGCCUGUCCCUGCGCGAUGGGUUUGGCCACGCCGACGGCAAUCUUGGUCGCCACGGGCGUGGCAGCGGAGCGGGGAAUCUUUUUGAAGGGCGGGUUUCCGCUGGAGAGCGGGGCGCGAAAGGGCCUGAAGAUCGUUCUAGACAAAACCGGGACGUUGACGGAAGGCAGAUGCCGGGUGGUCGAGUCCGGCAUCUACUAUGACGUGUCUCCACCUGCUUCCGACACGAAAUCCUCUGUCUCCAGCACGAAAUCGCCCGUGCAGCCGGGCGACGGAGCAGACCAGGUUUCCUCUACCAGCGCGUCGCGAACGAUCGUGGUUCGGACCGGCACUCUGGUGAGCGGAACUGCAAAUACGGAUCCCACAAGCUCUGCCGACCGAACACUUUUCAAUGUGUCCGUUUCCAAAACCUCGUCCCUACACAGCAACCAAGCUGCCGUUGUCGCGUCCUCCUCCUCGCCGGCCCCGGGGGCAGAUGCAGACCCAGACGAGAAACAAAACUACAAAACUGCAGAAACCAUUGGUGCCACCCCGAAUGCCAACGCCGACCCUCCAAACCUCGUGAUCGGGAAACCGGUUGACCUCGCGGGCGAGGUUGAGGUUCAGGAGGAGGAGGAUCGGCAACGGGACUUGUGGCACGCGGUCGCGGCGCUCGAAGAUAAAUCCGAACAUCCGCUGGCCGUUGCGUUGGUCGCGUACGCGCGGAAGCAGACGAAGCGGUUGCUGCUAAAUCAACAGAUGAUGGGAGAUGACUCGUACGCAGCGAGUCGUGCAGGAGUAGAUUUGGUCGCCGAGAGCGGUUCGAUCGCGUUUUCGCCCAACAAUGAUAUCGAGUUGAAAGUGCGGAACUUUGAGAACGUCGCGGGGCGCGGAAUCCAGGGAGAAGUACUGUUUCCGUGGCAUAACGACGUCGAAAACCAGUGGCGAUUCGUGAAAAUCGGUAGUGCUGCGUUUGUGUUGAACGAGGAAAACAAGGGGCAGGCGACGUGGUCGUCCCUCGACGGUAGUAGCACCAUGACAAAUUCGAAAAGCGAUCGUGCACUACAACCCGCGACCCCCGGCAGCUCCACCACAUCACCAGCAGCCGCAACCAGCACCGCCGCCACGCUGAUCUACGUUUCCAUCGACGGCAUCCCCUUCGGCUGGGCGGCCGUCGCGGACAAAAUCCGCCCGAACGUCGCGAAGUCCAUCGCGAAACUGCAGCAAGAGUUCCAGGCGAAGGUCUAUCUGUGCACCGGCGACGCGCGCCCGACGGCCGUCAGUGUGGCGACCGAAGUCGGGAUCCCCCUGGCGCACGUGCGGGCCGAGUGUUUGCCGCAGGACAAGGCCGCGUUCGUGCAGGAGCUGCAGGCCUUGCCGCGCGGCGGGGUUUCCACGCCGUUUCAACAGAUCCCGGCUGUGUCUUCCUCCACUUCAAAACCACAUAAAAAGUCAAUCGUUUUCUUCGUCGGCGACGGCCUGAACGACGCCGCCGCGCUGGCCGCCGCGGACGCGGGCUUGGCGAUCGGGUGCGGCGCCAGCGUGUCUGUCCACGCCGCAGACGUGGUUUUGGUGAAGGAAAAUCUGGGCGAAACGCUGGUGCCGUUUCUGCAACUCGCACGGAAAACGAUGGCUACGAUCAAACUGAACUUUUUCUGGGCCUUUUGCUUCAACUUCUUGAUGCUGCCCCUGGCCGCGGGCGUCUUCUACCAGUGCUGCGGACUCUCCGUGCCCCCACUGGUGGCCGGGACAGCGAUGGCGUCGAGUAGCACGCUGGUGCUGUUGAGCUCGCUGCAGCUGCGGUACGUACAUUUGUCCGACCCGGCGGCAGGGAUAGAGUAG